AUUUUGCCCACACCACCAUUGUGCGGGACUGACAUUCAGCAGCUAGCUUGAAACCCCAUUUCAAAAUGGCGCCCAAUCGCAGAAUCCUUCCUGCGUCAGCCAUCGCCACUUUUGUUGUUUUCUCUUUCCUAUCGUCCCCUGUUCUCGCCAAACCAGGUUUCUUCCAAGACGCUUUGAUCAAAUUACCCUCGGACGCUGCUGACCCGAACGCCGCCGACCUCAUCGAGUCGCUGCCAGGGACGCCCGACCUCCCUUUCCGGCAGUACAGUGGAUACAUCACCGUCAAUGAGACGCACGGGCGCGCGCUCUUCUAUUGGUUCGUGGAGGCGACAGAGGAGCCCCUGCAGAAGCCGGUCACGUUGUGGUUAAACGGAGGCCCUGGCUGUUCUUCUCUUGCUGGGGGUCUUUUGUCCGAGUUGGGGCCCUUCUAUCCAGAUAAGGCAGGCGAUGGACUUUACAGGAACAAGUAUAGCUGGAAUUCAAUGUCCAACAUGUUGUUUGUGGAGUCCCCAGCGGGUGUCGGCUUCUCAUACUCCAACACCACAGAGGACUACGUCGUAGGCGAUGAGCGCACAGCCAACGAUGCCUAUCAGCUGCUCGUGGGCUUCUUCAAAAAGUUCCCCCACUACGCUGCCAGCGACUUCUACAUCUCUGGGGAGAGCUACGGGGGCCACUAUGUGCCCCAGCUAGCGGACACCAUCGUCCGAAACAACCGCGAGAAGGUAGCGGACGGUCCGAUCAUCAACCUGAAGGGAUUUCUGGUCGGUAACGCUUGGACUGACGCCGGCAUUGACAAUUACGGCGCGCUCUUCUACGACUGGACGCACGCAAUCAUCUCCGACGCCGCCUACUACGGAGUCGCGAAUACGUGCGAUUUCAACGAGGUCGGUCCGCUCCUGAGCAUCAGCGAAAAGUGCUCGAAGUACGUGCAGCAAGCUUUCCGGGAGAUGGGCCCCAUUAACAUCUACGACAUCUAUGCUGACGUGUGCACAUACGGGAAGGCGGCACGUGACGAGACCCGCCACUUCGCGAAGCAGUUGGCGCGCACCGGGACGCCCCUGGCGGCGCGGCACCUCCUCACGGCCCCUCCCGAAUACGACCCGUGCAUCGAUGACGAGGUCGCCAUCUACCUGAACCGGCCAGAGGUGCAGAAGGCGAUCCAUGCGAACGUCACACACCUGCCGUACGCUUGGACGGGUUGCACGGAAGCGAUUGAGUAUUCGCGGAAGGAUCUGCUGACCAGCGUGCUACCGGUGUACCGACGCCUGCUAAAGGACGGCCUGCGCAUGCUCAUUUUCAGUGGUGACGUCGACGCCAUCGUCCCAGUGACCGGCACCCGGGCCUGGAUCGGCAAGCUGCUGCUCGAGGAGGUGGAGCCGUGGCGACCAUGGGUGCUGGACUCCCAGGUUGGGGGUUACGUCACCAAGUACAAGGGGCUGACGUUUUCGACGGUCCGGGACGCGGGGCACAUGGUCCCCUACACGCAGCCCGCGCGCGCGCUGCACCUCUUCAAAACGUUCAUCCAAGACGGGCAGCUCUAAACCCGAUCACUAACCCGACCAAGGUUUCGAACAUUUGCCGACGUCGCGGCUUUCCGCUUGGUGACUUUCUUAUCCUUAACUCAGAUUUUUAGCGGUUCUAGAGGUUCGUGUCAGUAGAAAGCUAGGCUUGCAAUGCGUGCACAGGUGCUCGAUGUUGGACUAUUCGCGUCUCCGCAACUCGUCCUUGCACGCUUUGUCCGAUGUUGAGAUUUGGUUCCAUUGAGCGGACACUAUCACACGCAGCGAAUUUAUCGGGUGCAAAUCUUCCGCUUUACCGGAAGUUGAAAAGUACAUCCGCAAUGACGG